GUCUCACUCUGUUGCCCAGGCUGGUGUGCAGUGGCGCCAUCUCGGCUCACUGCAACCCCUGCCUCCUGGGUUCAAGCCAUUCUCCUGCCUCAGCCUCGUGAGUGGCUGGGACUCCAGGCGUGUGCCACCACACCUGGCUAAUUUUUAUAUCUUUUAGUAGAAAUGGGGUUUCACCAUAAUUGGACAGUCUUGAACUGGUCUUGAACUCCUGAGCUUGUGAUCUGCCUGUCUCAGCCUCCCAAAGUGCUGGGAUUACAAGCGUGAGCCACACGUCUGGCCCCUUUUUUUUCUUAAUAAACUUGCUUUCACUUUACUCUGUAGACUCAUUCGAAAUUCUUUCUUCCACAAGAUCCAAGAACCCUCUUUUGGGGUAUGGAUCAGGACCCCUUUCUGAUAACAGUAUCUCUCAAGAGUGGGUUGGGGUAGAGAAUUUCUGAAGCAUGGGGGUCUGUUCUCUGUGAAAGACAUUGGUGGUCACAGGACUGAUGAAAAGUUAACAGACUUGAGAAGUUAAUAAAAUUUAGUAGGCCAGGCAUGGUGGCUCAUGCCUGUAAUCCUGGAGCUUUGGGAGUCUGAGGUGGGUGGAUCACGUGAGGUCAGGAGUUUGAGACCAGCCUGGCCAACAUGGUGAAGCCCCAUCUCUACUAAAAUUAUAAAAAUUAGCCAAGCAUAGUGGUCAGUGCCUGUAGUCUCAGCUACUUGGGAGGCUGAGGCAGGAGAAUCACUUGAACCCAGAAGGCAGAAGUUGUAUUGAGCCAGGACUGCACCAUUGCACUCCAGCCUGGGUGACAGAGCAAGACUGUGUCUCAAAAAUAAAUAAAUAAAUAACAUGUGAUUGAAUAUGGGGAAGAAGAGAAGAGAGAUGGUUUGGAUCACUUCCAGAUUUCUGGCUUGGGAAACAGGGUCAUAGUGAUGGUAUUUCCUGAGACAGUAAACCCAGGCAGCAGAAGACAGGUCUAGGGUCUCAGAGGGGAUAGGAGAGUAAUUCAGUUUUGGACCUUUUGUAUUGGAGGAGGCUCUGGACAACCAGCUGGGAAUGUUUCAGAACUUAGGAGAGAAAUCUGGGCUGGAAACAGAUUUGUGAUUUAUCAGCUCCUAAUUAGUCUCCUCUGGUAAUUGAAACCUUUGAAGUGGCUGAAGUAACUCAAGGAGAGUAUAAAAUGAGAAGGUUGAUGAAAAACAGUGGGGGAAAUCCCGCAUUUAAAGGAGAGGUGGGGAAAUAACCACUUACAGGAAACUGAGUGGAGUGGUUGGAGAAGUAGGAAAACCAGGGGGGUUGCCAAAGGAAGAGCCAGAGGUCACCCGUCAGCACAGAUGUCCUUGCCAGCACCUGAAAGAUCAGAGGACAAACUUAACCUGCGUGGGGUGUGAGCGAAGCCUUAGCUCUCCACUAGCUCAGCAGCCUACCAGUAUUAUUCCACAGUAAUGGAACAGCAAGUAAAUGGACAGUUAAUAGAGCCUCUGCAGAUAUUUCCAAGAGCCUGCAAGCCUCCUGGGGAACGGAACAUACAUGGCCUGAAGGUGAAUACUCGGGCUGGACCCUCUCAACACAGCAGCCCAGCAGUCUCAGAUGCCCUUCCAAGCAAUAGCUUAAAGAAGUCUUCUGCUGAACUGAAAAAAAUAUUAGCCAAUGGCCAGAUGAAUGAACAAGACAUACGGUAUCGGGACACUCUUGGUCAUGGCAAUGGAGGCACAGUCUACAAAGCAUAUCAUGUCCCGAGCGGCAAAAUACUAGCUGUAAAGGUCAUACUACUAGAUAUUACACUGGAACUUCAGAAGCAAAUCAUGUCUGAAUUGGAAAUUCUUUAUAAGUGUGAUUCAUCAUAUAUCAUUGGAUUUUAUGGAGCAUUUUUUGUAGAAAAUAGGAUUUCAAUAUGUACAGAAUUCAUGGAUGGUAUAUGUUGCUUAAUUUCCACAUAUGUGCAUUUGAGAAGAAUGUAUUCUGUUGGGGGAUCUUUGGAUGUAUAUAGGAAAAUCCCAGAACAUGUCCUUGGAAGAAUUGCAGUAGCAGUUGUUAAAGGCCUUACUUAUUUGUGGAGUUUAAAGAUUUUACAUAGAGACGUGAAGCCCUCCAAUAUGCUAGUAAACACAAGAGGACAGGUCAAGCUGUGUGAUUUUGGAGUUAGCACUCAGCUGGUGAAUUCUAUAGCCAAGACGUAUGUUGGAACAAAUGCUUAUAUGGCGCCUGAAAGAAUCUCAGGGGAGCAGUAUGGAAUUCAUUCUGAUGUCUGGAGCUUAGGAAUCUCUUUUAUGGAGCUUGCUCUUGGGAGGUUUCCAUAUCCUCAGAUUCAGAAAAACCAGGGAUCUUUAAUGCCUCUCCAGCUUCUGCAGUGCAUUGUUGAUGAGGAUUCGCCCAUCCUUCCAGUUGGAGAGUUCUCGGAACCAUUUGUACAUUUCAUCACUCAGUGCAUGCGAAAACAGCCGAAAGAAAGGCCAGCGCCUGAAGAAUUGAUGGGCCACCCGUUCCUCGUGCAGUUCAAUGACGGAAAUGCCACUGUCGUGUCCAUGUGGGUGUGCAGGGCGUUGGAGGAGCGGCGGAGCCAGCAGGGAUCCCCAUGAAGCCGCAGUGGGGAGCUGAAAGCCCAGGACUGGUCACCAAGGAGAACCACCCACCUAUCACCCUCUCCAUAGGCUACCUGCGCCAGAAGAGCUUUGCUGGGCCCAGGCUUCCCUGCCCUCACCUUCGUCUCUGCCAGCAGGGGGCCUUACCUGGGGCCACGUGUGGCCUGCCCCACCAGGCCCUCCCUACACCUUCUGGUCUGGAGACGCCGACGCUGGCAGGGCAUAAAGGGUGGGGCAGUGAGAAUGGAGGCACCCGGGGCCCCUGCCCACUUCUAUUUUCCUAACCUUUUUCUCUGUAAAGGGUUAGGCCCGUCAGCAUCACUGAUGGGAAUAAAAGUAUUACUGCUUUGUGACAGUC